AUGAAGAAGCUGUGGGUGAAGAAGCGUUUCCAGACCAGUGACCUGUAUGGCAGCGCAUUCAGUCUGUACAGAGGACGGGCCCUCUCGAUCCACGUCAGCGUCCCGCAGAGCGGACUGCACAGGGAGGAGCCCGACCUUCAGCCUCAGCCGGCCAGCGAAGCCCCUCGUCGCCCGGCCCUGCCGCCUCCCUCCAAAUCCGCACUGCUGCCCCCACCGUCCCCGCGGUGGGUAAGCGGCCCCCCGCCGGGCCCCAGCGCCCAGCCCCCGGCCACCCCCACGGCGCCUCACCGGCGCGCUCAGGAUCCUGUGCUGCCCGAAGACGCCACCGCCGAAGAGAAGCGAGGGAAGAAGGCCAAGUCGUCGGGGCCCUCGCUGGCGGGCACGGCCGAGUCCCGGCCUCAGACGCCCCUGAGCGAGGCCUCCGGCCGCCUGUCGGCGCUGGGCCGCUCGCCGCGGCUGGUGCGCGCCGGCUCCCGCAUCCUGGACAAGUUGCAGUUCUUCGAGGAGCGACGGCGCAGCCUGGAGCGCAGCGACUCGCCGCCGGCACCCCUGCGGCCCUGGGUGCCCCUGCGCAAGGCCCGCUCGCUGGAGCACCCCAAGUCCCACGGCGAUGCCUCGUGGGGUUCGCCCGAGGCCUCUCAGGAGGAGCUGCGGGCGCCGGCGGGCAGCGUGGCCGAGCGGCGCCGCCUGUUCCAGCAGAAGGCCGCCUCGCUGGACGAGCGCACGCGGCAGCGCAGCCCGGCCUCCGACCUCGAGCUGCGCUUCGCCCAGGAGCUGGGCCGCAUCCGCCGCUCCACGUCGCGGGAGGAGCUGGUGCGCUCGCACGAGUCCCUGCGCGCCACGCUGCAGCGCGCGCCGUCCCCCCGGGAGCCCGGCGAGCCCCCGCUCUUUUCGCAGCCCUCCACCCCCAAGACCUCGCGCGCCGUGAGCCCUGCCGCCCAGCCUCCCCCUCCGAGCGUCGCGGGGAGGUCCGGGGAUGAGCCGGGGAGGCCGCAGAGCCGCGGGCCGGCCGGCAGGACAGAGCUGGGGGAAGGCCCGCAGCAGGAGGUCAGGCGCCGGGACCAGUUCCCGCUCACCCGGGGCAGAACCAUCCAGGAGUGCCGGAGCCCCGUGCCGCCCCCCGCCCCGGGCGACGCCCCCGAGGCCAGGACAAAAGCCCCUCCGGGUCGGAAGCGGGAGCCCCCGGCACAAGCCGUGCGCUUCCUGCCUUGGGCCACGCCGGGCCCUGAGGGCGCUGCUGUGCCCCCGGCGCUGGAGAAGAGCAGGGCGGGGCCUGAGGCCGAGAAGAGGCCGCGCCGAGGGCCGGAGGAGGAUGGUCCCUGGGGGGCCUGGGACCGCAGAGGGACUCGCAGCCAGGGCAGAGGUCGCAGGGCCCGGGCCCACUUCGCCUGA